AUGCCUCAAGCACAGCCCGAGUUGAAGAAGUACCUGGAGAAGCGCGUCCUCGUGCAGUUGAACGGCAGUCGCAAAGUCAUGGGAAUCCUCCGUGGAUACGACGUCUACCUAAACAUUGUCCUCGACGAAGCGCUUGAAGAAAAGGCAGGCGGUGAGAAAGUGCGCAUCGGCAUGGUCGUCAUUCGCGGAAACGCCGUAGUCAUGCUUGAGGCUCUCGACCGUAUCAACCAGGACGUCCCUAAGAUCGGACGGUAA